CAGGACGUGCACGCCAUGGUCUUCGUAGGCUUUGGCUUUCUCAUGGUCUUCCUGCAGCGCUAUGGCUUCAGCAGCGUGGGUUUUACCUUCCUCGUGGCCACCUUCACCCUGCAGUGGGCCACGCUGGUCCAAGGCUUCCUUCACUCCUUCCACGGCGGCCACAUCCACGUUAGUGUGGAGAGUUUGAUCAAUGCUGACUUCUGUGCGGGCGCUGUGCUCAUCUCUUUCGGGGCUGUUCUGGGCAAGACAGGGCCAGCGCAGCUGCUGCUGAUGGCCCUACUGGAGACGAUGCUGUUUAGUGCCAACGAGUUCAUACUGCUCAACCUCCUGAGGGUGAGAGAUGCUGGAGGGUCUAUGACCAUUCACAUGUUUGGGGCCUAUUUCGGGCUGUUCCUCUCACGGGUCCUCUACAGAUCCCAGCUGGAGAAGAGCAGGCAACGCGCGAGCUCUGUCUACCAUUCUGACCUCUUUGCCAUGAUUGGGACCAUCUUCCUGUGGAUUUUCUGGCCCAGCUUCAACUCUGCGCCCACCGCGCUCGGGGAUGGGCAGCAUCGGACAGCACUGAACACGUACUAUUCGCUCACCGCAAGCACCCUCAGCACGUUUGCCUUGUCAGCCCUUGUCAGUGGGGACGGCCGACUGGACAUGGUCCACAUCCAAAAUGCAGCACUGGCUGGAGGGGUCGUGGUGGGGGCAUCAAGCGAAAUGAUGCUGACACCCUUUGGGGCUGUGGCAGCUGGCUUCCUGGCUGGGACUGUCUCCACCUUGGGGUACAAGUUCUUUACGCCUGUCCUUGAGUUCAGAUUCAAAAUACAAGACACGUGUGGUGUCCACAACCUCCAUGGGAUGCCAGGGCUGCUGGGGGCCCUCCUGGGAGUUCUGGUGACUUGGCUGGCCACCCACGAGGCUUAUGGAGAUGGCCUGCAGAAUGUAUUUCCGCUCAUAGCCGCCGGCCAGCGCAGCGCCACGUCUCAGGCGGUUUACCAGCUCUUUGGAAUGUUUGUCACACUGGUGUCUGCCGCUGUGGGGGGCAGCCUUGCGGGGCUUCUGCUGAAGCUGCCCUUCCUGGAUUCCCCUCCAGACUCCCAAUGCUUCGAAGACCAGGUUUACUGGGAGGUGCCCGGAGAGCAGGAGGCUGAGGUCCAGAGGCCUCUGCAGUCUGAGGAGACCCAGGCCUAA